UAUUGUAAUAUCAAUAUGCAUAAUGUCAAACUCUUUUUCUUCUCCUUUUGUCUCCUUUCCUCUUUCUCCUCUUCCUGCUCUCUGCUUUCCCUUGUGUCGACGCGUUCUACCCAGUUUCCAAAGGGUGCGGGAGACAUCAUGACUAGAAAGAAAGACAGAUUUUGGGAAUAUGCAGAACGUCUGAAUGGGCGAUUUAAGUGCAAUUUCUGCAGACGAGAUUUUGCUGGGGGUGCCCCUAGAGUUAAGUCUCAUUUAUCGGGUAUUAAAGGACGUGACAUAGAUAUAUGCACCAAGGUCCCCAAAGAUGUCCAGUUGGCUGCUGCUGCAAUGAUUAAAGGUGCGAACAAGAGACCCAAAACUGAGGCCUUCUCUAGUAAUUCUGAUGGGACUUCUUCAGAAUUAUGUGAGCAAAAUGACAGUAGUGUGCUGGAUGAUUUGCUCGCAAAGUUCUUGCUAUUGAAUAGCGUUGAUAGUGGUGUUGUCCAAUCAUCGUCCUUUAUUGAUUUCAUAAAUGCUGUGGCCGCAUUUGGUGCCGCCUAUAAGCCGAGUCAUUCUACACUCAAAACUGUGGUAAUUCCUAAGUUGCUUGGAGAAGUUGAAGCACAUGUGAGAAGUGUGAAGGAAUCAUGGGGAGAAACUGGUUGUACCCUCAUCUCUGAUGUUUUGUGCGAUGAAAUAGAGAAAACCUCCUUCAUUAAUAUCAUGGCGUACUCAUGGAAAGGGGUAGUGUUGUUGAAUACAUUCAAAGUACCAACGAACAAGUUAACCAGUGACUUCUUGGAGGUAAUCAUCUGUUUUUCAAUCAAAACUAUAGGAGCAAACAAUGUUGUCCAAUAUAUUAACGGUGCUCCAAGUCUGGAACCUACAGGGGCUUUGCUCGCUAAUGAAUAUCCUCACAUAUACAUGACCCACUGUGUUGCUGCUGAGAUUCAAUCUCUUUUUGAGGAAGUUUACCAUAAAAUCGAGUGGGUUCAUAUGGUAUUUGAUGAUGCUAGAUGUCUACUAAAUUGUAUCUAUGGGCAUAGCGACCUUUUGUCACUUAUAAGGAAGCACACCAACAAUCGGGAGUUAAGACAACCUCAAAUGAUAGAGUUUUCCUCGAACUACGAUAUGCUGCGGUCCAUCAUUGAGCUUAAAAGUGAGUUACUUCAACUUGUGCAGUCUUCCAACUGGCUUUCAUUUGGUUCUGAUGUGCAAGAGUUAGAGAAAGAAGUAACUGAGAUACUUCUUAGUCCACAAUUUUGGAAUGAAGGGCAAGAGAUAAUAGAGGUUCUGGAGUCAUUGUACCGAAUUUUUUAUCUAGUUGAUAGAUAUGGUUCCUCUUCCGGGUACUUUUAUAUGGCGAUGGAAUGGGCGACUGAAGAAAUAAGAAGGAUUUAUGAGCACAAUCCACCUAAGUACGAGAAGCUGUGGGAGAUUUUUAACUCAAGGAAAGACAGGAUUGUCUUUCCAAUACAUGCCGCUGCAGCAUUUCUAAAUCCUGCAUAUGUGUAUAACGAUGUGUUUAAAGAUAAUAAGGCUAAAGUAACUGAAGUCAUGAACUUCGUGGUGGGAAAUAUUGUAGCUGACGAGGAUAAAGAAGCUUUCGUGAAGCAAAUGAUGGAUUAUCAUGCUAGAGAACCCAAAUUAUUCAACAAAGUAGCUGAGAUAAUGUUGAACACAUCUCACCCUUGCAAAUGGUGGGCUUAUUGCGGUAAUGACGUUCCCAUAUUAAUGAAGUACGCCAUUCGAAUCCUCAGUCAACCUUGCAGUGGUUCCGCGUUUAAACAGAGUCUGAAUGUGUUUCAGAGCAGCCAUAAUGAGAAGCAAAAGAGAUCUGCACUUGGAGCAUCAUACCACCAAAGAUCUCUAAGGAUGAAUAUGAUUUUGACCGCCAGAUUCACAGCAAGCGGUGAUUCUGAUAAGCAAAUUGAUCUUACACAGCUCAGCAGGCCUAAUUCGAUCGACAUGAGUAUCUCUAAUGAUUUUUUGAAUGAGGCAGGGGUUCCCCAAUUAGAUGUACAGCCAACUCAGAGGUCUGAUUUAGCUGCUGAGCAAUGUCCAAGUUGGAAAUGUUUGCAGUUGCAGUUUGUAACACAAAUUUCAUCUUUCCAAGUUACUGGUCAAGAGGUUACGGGCGAACAAGGACAUCAGAUUCAUGUUUUCUUGGUAAACACUACCACAGGUAAUGUGGUACAAAGCGGUGCGUUAUCAAUGUUAAAAUUGGCAGUUUCAGCGCUUCAAGGAGACUUUGAUGAAGAAGCUAGAAAUAUUUGGACAAGGGAGGAUUUUGAAGAAAAUGAAAUAAGUAGUACGCUGGAUGUCCCACUAAUGUCUGGUGACUUGCAAGUCACCCUAAAGGGUGGGAUGGGAACAUUGGGAGAUGUUACAUUUAACUACGACUCCAGCAUAGCAAGAAGUGGAAAGUUCAGACUCGGGGUCAAAAGUUUUACAGAUGACAGCGAAAGGAUUUCAGUUCGCGAGGGCAUAUCCAAUGCAUUCAUUGUGAAGGACAGAAAGGUCACAAGGGAGCCCGAUGCUGCUGCCGACUUGACACGGGUUCCUGAAAAUUCACAACUGAUGAUGACGGAUAAUAUGGAUGACAUGGCACGACUAUGGAGUCCUCUGCAAAAUAUUGCUGAUGGCGAGACAGAACUCUACAGUCAGUUUUUCGGAUCUAUGUGGAAUGCUGAAGCAGAGUACAAGCACAAGCAGAAGGACAACAUCAAGUCGAGGCAGGCAGCAAUGAGAUGGCUAAAGCUGAAAGCCAUUUUGCAAUGGGCCAUUCUGAGGAGAAUGGUUGUGAGGAAGAGAGCUCAGAAAAUGUCUGUCAGGACCCAAGUACAGAAGCGACCGGAAGAAUAUUCAAACAAAGGUUUAGCUCGGAGUGCUGAAGAUGAAAAACAAUGGAGGCAGUUCCCACUAGAUAUGCAAGAGCUCGGCAAGGAUAAGUGGAAGAACAAUGAGAAGCCACUGCUACCGAGGCCUCCUCAGGAAGCAGAGCUUGAAUCGGCUCAGCGUCCUAAUUCAAGUAUCGGAAACUCCAGUACAUUUCCAAAGCCGAAUAUCUUGCAGUCUAGACAACCGUUGACUCUCUUCCCAUCAUUAUUGGCUGGCAACGACAUGGAGCCUAUGGAGAUUGAGGGAGAAUCUGGAUCUUUCGAUGCCCUUCAGGAGGUUGACAGGGGAUCCGCAUUAAAAGAAUGUUCAACAUUAUCGAUGGGACAACAUACAGAGCUUCCAGAGGAUAAGGUGCGAGAGCUUCCGAAGCCUGUAGCAAGACUGUCAACAAGUCCAACCAAAGCUAAUGAGGCGAGUUUAGAGGAAAUGAACCGGCGAGGAGUCUGGAGCUGCAGGUCGUGCCACCACCUCAACUUAGAGAGGAGUGAGAUGUGCCGCUGCGGCGACUCAAGGUCCGGUGCUGGGCUCUGCUAUGGGAGUUUAGGCAGGAGGGGAAAUGGCUCCUCGUUUGGGUUCCCUGACGUCCGCCCUGGGGACUGGUACUGCAUUGCUGGAAAAUGCGGGGCUCACAACUUUGCCAGCCGCUCCAGCUGCUUCAAGUGUGGUGCGGUCAAGGAUGACUCUGCCGGCGGGGAUUCUGACUGCGACCUGCCCCAAAAUACGUGGGAAUCUAGACGACCGCUGACUCUCUUCCCGUCGUUAUUGGAUGGCAGUGACGUGGAGCCUAUUGAGGAUGAGGUACUCAAGGUUCUUGACCCUCUAAAUACGUUUGAGCAAGCAUACUCAAUGGUGAUGGUGGGGAGCGAUGCUGCUGAAGCGGAGGACAUCCUCUCUGUUCCUUCUCCGUAUAAGGUUCAUCGAGCAAUGUGCACCGAGCUAAUGAGAUUGGUCAACAGAGCGAUGAGCCUACUGCCAGAAAUUGAAGCAGCUCGUCCUCAGUGCUCCUCAGGAAUGCAAGCACUCUGCUCAUUUAAUCAGGCAAUCGAGAAAGCCAGGCAAGUCCUCCAGCACUGUAGCGAAGCCAGUAAACUCUAUCUGGUGUAUACAGCUGAUGCAAUACUUUCAAGAUGCGAAAGGUCAAGGAAACUGUUGGAGCAAAGUCUUCUCCAGAUUCAAAACAAUGUUCCGGUUUUGUUGGCCAUAAAGAUAUCUCAGUUCAUAGAUGAUAUCAGAAGUGCGACUUUUACAUUGGACUUGUCUGAGGAAGAGGCUGUAAAGGUUAUCCAUCAGUUAGUCCAUCACGGUGCACCUGAAUCCGGCAGUGUUGAGGAUCUUGAGCUGAUAAAGACCUUUCAAUCUGUGGUAUCAAGACUCCACAUUACCUCUCCAAAGGCCAUCUUGAUUGAGAGAAGAUCGAUUAGGAAACUGCUCAACAAGGUCGGGGAUGACAACACAAAGAAGAAGAAAAUCUUAACAUAUUUUUCCUAUCUUUUCAAGAAGUAUGGCAAUCAAAUUGUGGCUGAACAAGCUGAGACCAUCGAAGUUGAGAGUGAUAAGCUGUUUUUAAAUGAUGACACUAAAUGUGAUCCAGAACCUAGACGAUCUGCCCGAGUUGAGAACCAAACUAGCCCUGGCGAUAUCCUGUCCGACCCAGUGAUCCUUGAGGAAUUCAAGUGCCCACUCUCCUCGAGGCUCAUGUAUGACCCUGUGGUCAUCGCCUCGGGGCAGACCUUUGAGAGGGUUUGGAUACAGAAGUGGUUCGAUGAAGGCAACAAUACUUGCCCAAAAACAAAAGUGCAGCUCAAUAAUUUAUCAGUGACUCCAAAUGGCACCAUGAAGGACAUGAUAUCAAAGUGGUGCGCAAAGCAUGGGGUUUCCAUGCACGACCCGAGCGUAGAGCUCAAAAUAGAAGCCACGCCCUCAUUGGACCACUCCUUUAUGUCCAUUGCGAGUAUUGGAGACUCUGUGAAUGAUUUGCACAUCCAUAUGGAUCUUAGCAAUGUUUCAUUUGGGUCCUUAGAUACGAGCUUUAACUCCGACUCCUCACUCCCCAAAAUCACAAGAACAAACGAGAACAGCAAGAAGAAAUCUUUGGAUUCGAUUUGGAGGCUAUCAGAGCUUCCGUGGCUAUCUCAGUGUGAGUUGGUCGAAGAUUUCCGGCGCAGAGUAGAGCACAAUGGUCAAGCUCUUUACACGGCAUCGCCAGAGAACUUUCUCAGUCCAAUAUCGAAAUUUGUUGGAGAGGCUAUCCACCACAGGGACAUCAAGGCUCAGAGGAAUGCAGCCCAGUUGUUACUGGCAUAUAUGAAGAAGAGCAGAUACGGUGCAAAAGACUUGACAGAAGAAUCAUACUCCGUGGUGGUGUCACUCUAUUCAUCAGAGGAAGUCAAAGAGGAAGCUCUUGCAAUAAUAGAAACUCUUUCUUCUCAGCCCCAUUGCAGACCAAAAAUUGCUGCUUCCGGUGCUCUUGCUUUGAUAUUGGAUGCCCUCUGCUCCAGAUCUCGAGGCCUUCAGGGCUCUGCACUAAGGAUUCUCCAUAACCUCUCCUCAGACAGCGAUCUUCGGCCCCUCAUCUUGUCCCUAGACCACAUCAUCCCCAAGCUGGUCCCUUUCCUGAAGGACACCAAGGUCUCGAGACACGCUCUGUUCAUCUUGCAACAUCUCUGCGAUAUCGAGGCAGCAAGAAUCUCCAUCACUGAAACAAGAGAUUGCAUCGCCCCCAUAGCUGAGCUGCUCGACACUGGGAACAGCGAGGAGCAACAGAUUGCCCUGUCGAUUUUUCUCAUGCUGUGCUCUCAGAGGCUGGAAUACUGCCAGUUGGUACUGGACGAAGGGUUUGCCGUUAUCCCAGCCCUUGUGAAUAUCUCUAUCAACGGGAGUGAGAAAUUGAAGGUGAGCGCGAUGGAGUUGCUCCGGCUGUUGAAGGAUGUCAAUGUCGUCGAGGACCAACAAGACUAUUCUUCUAGGACUGAUCCUGGCCAGGCCAGGCCUUGAGACCUCGGUGACCACCACAAGGAGAACAAGAGAUCGUCUUCUUCACGGUCAUCGGGGCUUUUUUCUAUUUUCUCUAGACCAAAGAGGUGAAAGUUUAGAUCAUGCCCUCAUUGCGGUGAAGUCUUUCGAUCUCACUCUAUAGCUAUAUAAACAUAUAUAGGUUCUACUUGUUUUGCACUAACUUUGUAAGUUUUGUUAGCAGAUAGGUCAGUUGUUUUCAUCCAGGUAAUGCUGCUUAUGGCUUCUCUUGUUUGGUAGGAAAUGUACCGUAGUUUUCAUGCUGGAAUGCAGAUGUAUUGUACUAGAAGGCAUUUAUUUUAGGUCAGGUAUUAAUGCGAGAAGACCGGUAUGGAAAUAAGUUAUAAAUUGUCCCCUUCUUAUUUCA